AUGGCUGGGAUAAAGGAUGAGGAGUUACCUUCAAUGGUGCUCCAGUAUUGUUCAGAGCAUGUGCGGAAGGGAAUGAAAUAUAAGCUGGAGUUUGACUCCAUGGCCACAGACUGGAAGAAGGUGAAAGCCAGGAACCUUGUGCAUCAGAAGCAGAUUACAAAGGAGGAGCAGGAUAUCUUAUUCUACAAGGGUCUAUCAAAGUAUCUGAGGAGUGAGAUAAAGGUGCCUGUUGAAAAGGCUGCUGGAAAGCUGCUUACACAGACAGACCCACCCAAAAUGGCUAUUGUGAUUGUGGAGGCGCAAAAGCGAUUCAGUGAAGAGAACAUGGACUAUAGCUCCAGUUCUUUCUUGGAUAGUGAAGAAGGGGACAUGUAUCCUCAGCCAGAGGGGGAUAUGUCGAAGAGCUGCUACAUGUGUGGAAAGACUCAAGGCAUAGACCUUGACCAUCCAUUUGUAUGCAUCCAAUGGGAGAUUGGGAAGGGUGGAAUUGUGGCUCUUUUGAUCGCAGAGAGCAAGGCAAGGUCAGGGGAUUGGUAUAGAGACCUUCCACUGCACCAGACAAUGAAAGAUGUCCAGGGAGUUGGAUUGUUAUGGGAUUCCCAAGAGGUGAUUCAAGGAAAUGUCUUUGUGGUAGCGACAGACCAGGUCUAUUCUUUUCCUGCUGUCAUGAGGUCAAAGGCGAAGCCUUCUGUGGAGACAGAGUCAGAAGAGAAGGCCAGUGGACUGUGGGGAGGGGAUGUCAAGCAUGCAAAAGGCUGCAGAAGUGGGAGACCAUCCAUUGUCAAGAUACAGCCACCACCGGACAAGACAGCAUUCACACGAAUAGAAGAUGGGGAUUCAUCGGGGCAUGAGAAAGGCUCACAGAUGCAUGCUAGCAACACAGAGGAGGGGGCCUCACUGGAGCUACAGAAGCGCAUCACCUCCAUGACCAAGGUGCAUCAGGAGUUCUCAGCCAAAACUGACAAUGAUCAUCAGCAGGUCACUGGGUGUGCUUCCAGCCUGCUACUAGAUGUCACAGAAGCAGAUGAAGGUGGAGAUUUGGCAGCAUCUCUUGGGUCAAAAUGCUUCUAUGACAUCGCAAGUGGAGUUGUGCACGAGAAGUUCAGCUAUGAGGACAUUACCUUUCUUGUUGACAGCAGCUCAGAGCUCAAUCUUGUUAUGAGCUGGGUAUAUGAACAAGCGGGCAUUGAAAUCGAUUCUGACGGUGCUCGCUGGUCCCUCAAAGGAAUCAGCGAAGAUUCAGUUCCUUUGCUCAGGUGUUGCAGGGACACUCCAGUCAAGAUUGGAGGCUGGCAGUUUCACCAUCACUUCUUUGUUGACACGUGGGAGUUCAGUAAUCAUGACGGUAUCCUCGAUCAACCGUGGCUCCAGUGGUACUCUACACAGAUCGACUACACCCGCGGAGUUUCAGCUGACCUUCUCACUUACCCCUCAGGAGAUCAUGGCAGCAAAUGCCUCAGGAUCUGUCUUAUCAGUGUCGAUAACUCAUGA